AUGUUGUACGGUAGUACAGUCUACUUGAUGAUCGACGACGACUGCGGACGUGAGGAGUACCGCGAGAAGAUGGUUGAGGCGUGCGGUACUCGGGAUCAGCUGAUGAACGCCUCGUUCUUCAUUGUGGCCACGAAUGUCAUGUGUGAGACACAACAGGCGGAGUUCCCGCCCCUCGAGAUAGGCAUCUGUCAGUACUCUAUCGCUUCGGGCAUUAAAUUCAGUUAUCAUGAGUUCAUUGACGCCGGAAAAGUGCCCUUAGGAUACAUGCAUUCCGCCAAAGAACACGCUGACAGGACACAUCGGAUCCCUUUGAAUGGCUUUAAUCUGUCUACGAAUAACUACAAGAAGUUAGUCGAAGACAUGAAACAAAUCCUCGAAGAGUCGAGAUUUACGAACCAAAUGACGGGAAAACCGACGCCAAUGUUGGUCUUCUGUCGCGAGGACGCCAUCGAACAGAACAGAGGAGUCUUUCAGUGGUUGCAACACAAGUACAAUGAGAUCAACAAAACCAGCUUUGAAUGGGAUCUCGAAGUUCUCGAUUUAGUGCUACUCUUGUACUACAUCUCCAAAUCUGGCGGACACACCAUAUCUAUGGCGGCCGGAGAGGGCGCAAUGAAAUCCUCGGUAUAUGAUUACGCCAUUCAUGAUUUGUGUGAAUAUCACAAGGAUUUAGAUAAUAAAGAGUGCGCCAAAGGGUUAGCCCGACGGCUCUGUUUCAUGUUAUCGGAUGUGUUGUGCUCUAUGUUUGGCAUAACUCCCACUCAAAAUCAUUUGCCGCUCAAAGUCGAAGUCAACGCCGAGACAUAUACGGGUGUACUUCACGAUGUGAAGCAAUUGCUACCGAAUAGAUAUCACCAAAAUGUGGGAACAGAUGACAGUCAGUGGAAUCCUAAUCAAGACAUGGCUGAUGAGGAGGCGAACUCACCCAUACCUCAGACGGGCAUUGGUCGCGGACGGCCUAACGCCUCGAAACCUCAGAAUAACUCAUUUUAG